UGUUAUGGUUUUCCCGUAAGUUAUAUUUACCGGGCACAUUGGCGCGAUGUAAAGUGAAAGUCAGAGCUGAACGAAUUUAAAAACAAAGUCUCACGUCGCUCCCGCAAUGUCGGACAGUGACAGUAGUGAUGAGAACACACCAGUGAAGAAAACAAACCCAAACAGGCGUCCCCGGGGACUUGCCAGCAGACUUAAAUUGCAAAACUCAGAAAUUCCCAGUGACUUGACUGCUCAAGAGACAGCUAUAUAUUCCACCCAAGUGAACAAAUGUUUCAGCUCCAAAUCGGGUUCAAUUCCACUAAAUCAUGAAUUAAUCACAAAUCAAGUCUCAAAUGGUUCAGAUGUAGAAGAAGAGACAGGUUCAAUUUUGUCCUGUAAACAAAGAAAGAUAUCUACAAGGCAGACACGACAUGUGGAUGAUGACCUCUUUAUUCUUGAUGAAGAUGAUCUGAUAUGCACUUCCCCUAGCACAACAACCCCUGUUGUACCGUUGAAAUCACCCUCGCCUCCACCAGGACCCCCAUCACCCCCAAGGGCCAUGGUACAUGCAGAACAAGCCAGAAGAAAACCAAGGAUGACUAAGGCUGUGAAAGAAGCCCUGUGCAACCUGUCACAAACAAAGACGCAGCUCCAUGUGAACCGUUCCACGGAGAGUGAGCUUAACACCAGUGAUGUUACGAUCUGUACAGACACAGAGGAUGAUGUACUGAUGCUCAAGGUCAAACAUGGGACAGACACAUAUAGACUCCCUGUCAUGGAGAAUGAUUUCUUCAAACAAAUAUUGACAAACUUAUCACAAAGACUUGAGGUAGCUGAGAGCCAGAUUUUAUUAAUACAUAAUGAUGUGACAAUCUCUCCUGGAGACACACCUAGAAGUCUGGGGUUAACGACAGCAGACAUUAUAGACUGUCACAUCAACAGAGAAGAGUGGACGGCACCUGCGACAGACUUCAAUGACAGUCUGGACGACAUUAACCGUAUCACACUUUAUAUACAGAUCAGAAACGACCGCCACAAAAUGGAGUUCAAGCUGGACAAGACAUCACCUUUGGAUGGGCUGAUUCAUCAAUAUGCAACAAAAACCGGCAAAGAUCCUUCAAAUUUAAGACUUAUGUUUGAUGGUGAAAGUGUUGACUUAAGAGACUCAGCAGAUAACUUAGAAAUAGAGGACGGCUACACGUUAGAUCUGAUCCAAGUGAUGUGAUAUUAAAUGAGUCAAAAAGACAUUUUCUUGAAGCUAUAGACUAAUACAGGGACACCCAGGAUUGCCUCAUUCGUGUUAUAACUUCUCAAACAGCCACCGUGACUACCUCAGCUGAACAGACAGCUUAUUGAAGGCUCAUUGUUUUCAUCCUGUAACAAUGUGUUACUCCAUUGUUGACAAUUUGUGAAGGAGUGUUCAAUCUAAAUGGUGCCUGUGGUUGUGUAAAAGGAGUGGUUUUCACAGAGGAAACCGUACCCAUGACUGAUCAUGGGCUCUUUGGGUCUUGAAUUUGAAUGGUGGAAGUUUGGCAAAUGAACAUACAAAGUUAUAUGAAAUCAGCUGAUUUGAUAAAAAAAACUAGUAACAAGUGUAUACUUAUCUUAUGUGUAUAAAGGGGUAUAUUACAAUGUGUUCACACUACUGUAAACUUUCCGCUACAUAUUCUAUGAACACUACUCCGGCAGCAUGGCAAAAUACCUGACCUAUUGUGUUACUACUGAGUUGUCCCUGUAAAUAAUCUUACAUUCUACUUCUUCAGCCACACUAGACUGCCAAAAACAUUGACAUUCAUAUUUAAUUUAGAGAUCUUGUUCCAAAAAAUAUUACUACCUGCUACGAAAGAGGACAGUUUUAAUCUGAAGUCUUUACUUCUGACUGACAAUAUACCAUAACUCACAUUUAUCGUAUAUACCAAACAUGGUAUAAUUAAUGACAGUUGUCAGUCCCUAUGCACAAAUUACUUUCACUGCUAUUUGUUACUAAUGAAUUACCAAUGUAAAUAUUGUGGCACGGUAAGAUCUUUGUCACUUUUACUAUACAUACAUUGUACAUGUAUUGCUAACAUUACCAUCUACAGAAAAUGUUGUGGCACGGUAAGAUCUUUGUCACUUUUACUAUACAUACAUUGUACAUGUAUUGCUAACGUUACCAUCUACAGAAAAUGUUGUGGUACGGUAAGAUCUUUGUCACUUUUACUAUAUACAUUGUACAUGUAUUACUAACGUUACCAUCUACAGAAAAUGUUGUGGCACGUUUAGAGUUUUGUGCCCAAUGAAGGGAUGUGAUGUCUAUGCGACUAGA